UUUUUUGACCACUUGGCCGGAAGUGUUCUCGCAGAGCCGCCUCUCGUCACGCGUCGCACCGCGCGCCAUUGUCCUCCGGUGUUCAAGUUGUGAGCGGUUGAGCUCGCGUCCAGCUACCAGGGCCGCUUCGUCGACUGAAUGUGUUGCAGCACUUUCUAGUUUCACUCUGGUUUUAAGGAUAUUUAACGGGACGGUGAGGAAACUCAUGAGAUAUUCUGGACAGCUUCCAUUGCAGUCCAGCUGUCAAACCACAAUGAUCACCAGAAGAAGACGCACUAUGAACAACACACGAGUGCAGCCUCUGGAGGUUGAAGUGUUGGAAACCGUGGAAGAUCUCUCAAGUCCUUCUGAGGGUUUCCCGUCGGAUGACAUGGACACCGCUGGAAUAGAGCUAGAUGACCUGUUUGGAAUUGAAGACUUAAAAUGGACACUUGAGAGAGAUACGUCGUCCUCCUCGCUCUUUGAUAUCGAGUUGGCUGAUCUUGGUUUGAGCGCCAAAGACGAAGAUUCCGAGGUUGAAGCUUCAACAGCAUCAUCACCUGAUAGAAUGUUAUCUGAGUCAAGGAUUAAGAAGAGGCAAAGCCAGUCGAGCCACAUGAUCAACAAAAACGCCAUCGCUGCCAGAAUGAAUCGUCUCAGGAAGAAAGAAUAUGUCAACAGCUUGGAGAAGAAAGUUGGCAUCCUGUCAACAGAAAACAACGUGCUCCGACAGGAAAAUUCUCAACUGACCAAGAGAGUGGAAGAGUUGGAAGAUGAAACCAGGUACUUGAGGGCUGUGCUGGCCAAUGAGAGCAUGUUAGCCCAGCUCUUGUCCAGGCUGAGCGGUGUGAAUGGGAUGAAAUUAUCUUCCUCCCUUUUCCAGGGGCCCGACUCGAACGAACACGACUACGCCUUGCCCAGAAAGCGUGUGAAAGUGGAGGAGAAAGAGACAGCGGGUGGCGUGUGUCUGCACGUGGACAAGGACCAUGUCUCAGUGGAGUUCUGCACCAAAUGUGCAGAGAGUGCAAGCACAUCGCUCAAAAUUUUCUUCUAGGUAAUGGUUGAUCCACCAUGCGGGAUGAGGCUUUCUGAACACCUUUACCUCCUUGACUCCAUGUGGAUUCUGCUGGUGGAAGGGGAAGAGGCUGGACAAGCUGCUGCCAACGUGGCCUGGUAUUUUUUUAAAGGUAGUAUCGGUAACAAAUGGUAUGCGUGAUCAUAUUUCUUUCACAACAUCUGUAGCUCUUUUCAGCUUAGCUCAUGCAGCAUUUUUUGGGGGCUUGACUACAGCUGCUCAAUUAUUCAUGAUGUGAUGCUAUUGGAGACCUAAUUGUCUCAUAAUUAUGUCUUGUCUAUAUUGACUUACUGGAAUGUAUUAAGUUAAUACGACCAAAAUGAUCUGAUUUAAGUGGUGGAAUUGCCAGCUAUGUGUAACUAAAUGUAAAUGUGUAUAUACCCUUUGAAUACAGGCAAAUGACCUUGAUGUUGGACAAAUAAAUACUAUUUUCAUUAUGUUUGAGUUACUAAUAUCUACUGUGUCUUGUUCUGUACUGUUGAUAUUAAUGCAUCUCUUUUUCUCUUUCUAAACAGCAAGCUCUCUGCCGAUAAUGGUCUUACUUUUCCUGAACAUUUGGGUCAAGUCUGGUAAAGGUUGUCAAAACAAAUGACCAAGACCUCAUUUGAUGGAAGUAUGAGGGGACCCACAGGGAGUAAUCAUCCUGCCCAUGUUUAAGCCCAUUUACUUCAAACCAUAGAUGCAAAUUUUACAGUCACUUUCAUGUCUUUAAUGUUUUUAUAAUAGAUUGCAGUCAUUAAAACAUGUCCUAGUGGAAGAGCACAGGUGAAAUUGAUAACCUUGGCUCAGCUAUUCCAAUGAGCCAGCACAAACAAUACCAGGACCUCCUUGAGUGGAAUGCAGCCAUUAUUAAAGGGAUAGUUCUGAUAUUUUUGAUGUACUUCAUAGUCAGUGUACCUACAGGAGAUGAUGAUCGUCAUCCCCAGUUUGAAGAAACCAGCACAGUAGCAACAUACUGCUGUAUGAAGAAUAUUUUCAAUGCCUUACCUUGCUGACUGACAGACAUUUCUGGCUGUAAACA